UUAGCCAAAUCAUCCCACCGCACACCCCUACUUGUCGACUUUAAAAACAGUGGCUGACGAGACUGGGCCUGUAAUCUGAGCACUAGUCCAGUCCCAGGGAAGACGUCCUCACUGACACUUCCAGUAUUACUUUAGCAGUUGUCACUCUGACUGCCAAUGCGAAGGAUACAGGGCAGGGAUACACAACUCAAAUACUCCACUGGGCCAGAACCAACCAUGACUUGGUGUGUGGGGACCGAGAUGCAGGGAAUGCUUUUGUAUGGAAGAGCAUUCAGUGGUGUGGAAUGAGUCAUCACCUGCAGUCUGAUGUGGUACAGCCUAGACACAGCUUUAUCACUUCUGUGACAGCCAGGGUUAGCAGAACAUUUAUUCUCCAGAUGCAGUUAAAGGCUUCAAGGACCCCAACGGGCAACUCCUGGGCACUUUCAGCAUCCUGCCAGGGGAGUCGUGCUCAUCAUGAUGGAAGGGGCUUCUUUUCUGUGCUGUGGCCCACUUCAUCAAGUGAAAAAGAGGGACCAAAACAGGACCAUGAAAGAUUUGGGGGACAAGUGGUGUUUCCUUUGACCAACCUGGUGUAAGGUCAAGAGAUGCAUAAAGAUAAAGCAGGAUCCGGCAAGGAAAGAGUGGACUUUGAAAGAAGGUGUAGUAGUCAAGAAGAGAAGAGGUGUAUCCGGGGAGGGGAGCGGGUACAAGAAAAAGAGACCCUAACUGGGUAACAGAAGGGAAAAGACAUAGCUGGGUUGUGGGGUGGAUGACAAGAGAAGAAAAGCCCACUGGGCAGGAACAGUCAGUGAGGGCUUGGGAGCAACCAAGCCAAUGCAGAUACUUGCUUAGGAGGGAACUUUACAGCUUCCUCAGAAGAACCACAAACAGCCAUUUUCUCUGAGAAGAAGGGAGAAUCUCCUUCCUCCUGCUGUAGCCUCCUGUCUUCCCUGAUAGGUCAGAAAAGGUGCCAGAUAAGAUAUUCUGUCUUCUGGUUAUUUGGGGUCUACCUGACUCGGCGUCUUCUUCUUGAUUCUGACCAGGAGCUCCUGGCAGCACUUGGGCCGAGCAGAAACUGGCACUUAACAGCUAGUGGGGUGGGCAGUUGGGCACCCAUCCACCCAAAGACUACAAGAAAAAGCUUACAAAAUAACAUAAAUCAAUCCUGGAGACACCUGGGGAAAAGAGAGAGCCUGGCAGGUUGGGCAACCACAGCUUACAAAAACAAAAAUUGCCCAAGCACACAGCAGCAGACAGCAAGGGGCUGCCAAAGGGGAAGGUGGGGAGAACUCUCAGCAUCCUUGUUAUCAAAGGCACUGAGGGCUGUUACAUGUCAGAAGUGCGGGGGGGGGGAGCCACAAAGAAACAGAAUUUAAACCCACAGCAGCACCCAGUUAAACCCACUACCACUAGGGCUGCUGGCACAAUUUUUAAAAUAAUAGUAGAAUAAGCAGUUGGUAAGGAAAAUAAAAAGAGAGCAAGCCAGACACUGGCACAGUCUCUCUGCCACCACUCUCUGCUCUGCUGCAGUCUUCCUCCUCUGAUAUCCUCUAAGAGUGUGGCUCUCUCUGUCAAGCAGCCCCUUAAAUACACUUGGAAACUCCCUCCUUUUGGCUCCCCCUCCCUCCCCCCCUCCCCCCAGCCAGUGGGAGCACAGUGGCCCCUGACGGCACUUGAUUUUGUAUGAUGACAAGCCAACCAAGGAACAAGGAGCUCACAAGCCAAUUGGAAGGCAAUGCCAGAAAACCAACAGGAAAGGGGAAAACACUAAAACAGCCCUCCAAAAUGGCACCCACAAUCGCUGCUCGAAACAGCGAACCCACUUGCCGCAAAACCGGUUGGUUCUGGGUUGAUCUCGAAGAAGACCCCUUUUUGUAGGGUGUUCUCUGGCGAGAAUGAACUGCUUGAAAUGCCCUGUUUCACAGCAAACCUUUCCCUAGGCGUUCUGAACAUCCCUAGUUAAGGUUGAAAGUCAUUAAGAAAAUAAGUCUUUUAAGUAGCAGGUCCACAGAUUUAAUGCUGACAGUGGUGAGUGAGAGUCCUAGAAAGAGGGACAGUUUUCCCAGUGUCUAAGUACUGUAGACCUUUUCUGCUCCAUCAUUUCAGCUGAUAUGUUAAAUUGUGUAAGUCUGUCCCUAAUUGGUUGCUGUUUUGUUUUGGUAUUUGGUUUUGGUUUUGUUUGAGAAACUGCUUAGAUUGUAAUCAUGGCUAGUACCUAGAUGUAAUCAAAUGCUUUCUCUGUUUUGUCAUUUUCCUGCAUAUAUGCCAGAAGGACCAGGCUGCCCAUAUACUACUUCCCUGCCCUGAGGAAAAUCCCAUGAUCCACUUCAAAAUGAAAUUUGGCACCAUUGAAUAGCACUAGUUCAGAAAUAAGAAUGGUCUAUAUAUUAACUUUGGUAUUUCAGGAGACAAUGAUGACAGGCUGGCAUUUCAGGAGGACCUCCCCCCUUCUGCAGCCAACCACGGAACUGUCCGGUACCCCCCCCUUCUGCAGCCGGCCCCGGGACAGUCCCGCACCCCCCUUCUGCAGCCGGCCCCGGGACAGUCCCGCACCCCCCUUCUGCAGCCGGCCCCGGGACAGUCCCGCACCCCCCUUCUGCAGCCGGCCCCGGGACAGUCCCGCACCCCCCUUCUGCAGCCGGCCCCGGGACAGUCCCGCACCCCCCUUCUGCAGCCGGCCCCGGGACAGUCCCGCACCCCCCCUUCUUCAGCCGGCCCCGGGACAGUCCCGCACCCCCCUUCUGCAGCCGGCCCCGGGACAGUCCCGCACCCCCCUUCUGCAGCCGGCCCCGGGACAGUCCCGCACCCCCCUUCUGCAGCCGGCCCCGGGACAGUCCCGCACCCCCCUUCUGCAGCCGGCCCCGGGACAGUCCCGCACCCCCCUUCUGCAGCCGGCCCCGGGACAGUCCCGCACCCCCCUUCUGCAGCCGGCCCCGGGCCUGUCCCGUACCCCCCUUCUGCAGCCGGAACCGGGGCUGUCCCGUACCCCCCUUCUGCAGCCGGAACCGGGGCUGUCCCGUACCCCCCUUCUGCAGCCGGAACCGGGGCUGUCCCGCACCCCCCUUCUGCAGCCGGAACCGGGGCUGUCCCGCACCCCCCUUCUGCAGCCGGAACCGGGGCUGUCCCGCACCCCCCUUCUGCAGCCGGAACCGGGGCUGUCCCGCACCCCCUUCUCCAGCCGGAACCGGGGCUGUCCCGCACCCCCUUAUGCAGCUGGCCCCAGGACAGUGCUGCACCCCCACUUCUUCACCCCCCAGCCCGGCUCUGGGCCAGUCCUGCCUCCUUCCUGCAACUGGCCACAGUUUAAUCCUGCCCCCCGCCCUUGAUUUCCCUCAGGGUAGGGAUUAUAUGGCUCGCCGAGAAACAAGAACUCCUGCAGAAGUAACUAUAGCCAGUGAAUGCAAGGGAAAUGCAGGAUCCCAGGAGGAUGGGGCAGCUCUAGAUGGAGCAUCCCAGGAGUGGAAAAUGCUGUUGAGAUUAACGCUGUUUUACUCAAAGACUUGCCUCACGCCUGAACCAAGGUUAAAGUCAGUAUCAGUUACUGGUUUUGUAUUUUUGUUUUUGAAUUGCUCAGCUCCUUUCCCCAUUUGGGUGCAGAUUCACGGUGAACCCGAUUUGGGAAUGGAUCCUAAGAAGUCUUGGAUGUGGGUGUGUCUAGAGACCAAAGGGGCUAUGCAGAAGGGGUUGGCUGCAUCCCAGUUCUAAUUCUGUGGAGGGCUGGAGAAGACAAGAGCUGGACCAAGCCAGGAUGGAUGGGGAGCUUGGGAGGGGAGAGUACCAGUGGAGGUGGGGCAGACCUACUGGACUCCAUAGGACACUGGUGUGCUGCCCUCCACUGCUUCCAUUUAUAUAUAAGCUGGGGGGUCUUAAGCUGAUAGUAAGCCUUUCAUUUCAUAUAUAUUUAAAAUGUUUCUAUCUUUUAUAUUCAAACUGCGCUUUGUUAGGACACUCUGGGGUGGUGUGCAGCCCAUCGAACCCCUUGCAGGGUGAGGCGCAUUCUUGUAAUUCAUUGCAGUAGAUCCCAGUUAUUAAUUCCAAAGUGGGACUUCCUCCAGUUUCUAGGAAGAUAAAGCACCCCAUUCAGUGCCAGUGCAAGCACCUUUCCACUGCUGGGCACUUUCCAGAUUACAGUUACAACCGCCGUAAAAUGCUUCAGCUUGGGAUCGAAUUGACAACAUAAUGAAAGGGUGUUGCUCAAGUCCACCAGCAGGGGCAGCAGUCUUUUCUAGUUUGCCCCAAACUCCUUAAAAUGGAAAAAUACUGCAAUCUUUUUACAAUGUUGCAGGACUGUAAUAAAGCAAUAAAAUCUGAAAGAAGGCAUUGGAAAUGUGAAUGACACCUUGCUGAUAGCACAGAGACUGUGAUGUCAAUGCCGGGGAUGAUAGAAGCUGUAGUCCAAUCAUCCCCAGCCACCAUGUAUUGUGGCAGGAGGUUAUUGGAACUGUAGUCCCUACAACAGCAGCGGGGGUGAUGGGAGUUGUAGUCCAAUGACAGCUAGAGAGCCUCAGGUUGGCCACCCCUGCAAUAAUUGAUAUAGUCCACUGGUGCAGAACCAUGUGCUUAUGAAGAAAACCCAACACAAUUUGGGCAGCAGCUCUUUGGCAGGGGGUUGGAUAAAGACAUCAACAUGAAAUCAAGGUAGUUGAAACUGAGGGUCAUUGAGAAAAUGACAUUUAAGUCAUAGCAGAUCCGCCAAUCUGAAGCUCACACUUGUUAUCUUUGCCUUAUCUCUCCAUCCUACCAGCAAAGGAGCACUUCCCAGAAUCCCACUUGGCAUUGUUAUUGAGGCAAGUGCAGAGGGCGACCUCAGCCAGAUCAGUACACAUCAACACUGACAAAUCUCCCCUCAUGGAUGAAGGGAAUUGUGGGCAGGAAGAGGUUGAGGAGAUCAAGCCCGCACCAGAUUCCCAUUCCCUUUCUGGCUAGGUUCCCCAAAGCCUCAAGUCUAUUCAAGGUGUUGGGAGAAGACCAAAGGAUCCUUCUGUGUGGAAGGGAGGAUACUUCUCCAUUCAGAGGAUUUUUGCCCUCACCUCUGAGGCAAAAACCACCCCCUUAACAGGGAGGCAUGGUUGCACCGCAAUGCUUCACCCCAGGAGUGGAAGCCACACCUUAGUUUACAGAACUCCUUUCAAACUAGUUUCUAUAGUUGUGGCCUGAGUUUGCAACUCUUCUCUCUGCCCCAUCUCUUGAUUCGGAGCCUGGGUGCAAGACCACAUCUUCUCCUAGCACUGCAUGCAGUGUGGGGUGCUGGUUUUUUGGAUCCAUUCCCGGCAGGGUAUAAGAAACAAGCCUGGGAAACACAGUGGACCAUGCUGUGACGGCGUCCUUGGUAGGGAUGUUCCUGAAUCGGCACAUUUGAACCAGGCGAAUCGUUUCGGUGCCUCUCUAAUGAGGUGCCAAAAUGAUGUGAGCACAUCCCUUAUCCUCGGUCCAUAGGGCCAUCCAGAGGGAUGAGGACAUGCUAAUGAAAGCAGUCCCCAACCUCUGCUGGCUUUCUGCAGGAACACCUUGGCAUCCGCUCACCCCACCGGGUGACAGUGUGGGAUUAGCUGGCCGCCUUUUGGGGCCGAGUAGGAAUUUUCCCCAUCCACCCAGAUUGGCCUGGAGGUGGCUGGUUUUUUGCCUACUCUACACUGUUGCACUGGUAGGGGUUUUUGAUCUGGCCCAUAUUAGGAGCGGUGCCUUUAAAUAGAGUAGCUCCUUGGUCACCAGCACCAUGAUGGCAGGUCAGAGGAGGGGAUACGGUACUGCACCCUAGGGGUGGCAGCUCCACUGUGGCUUGGCUACAUUGCAGCUCUCUGUUGAAACUAGGUUAAUAAAGUUAUCGCCCUAGUUUUAACCCA